AUGGUAGUUAAGAAGAACCCCAUCCUGGUACCGGAUCACAUCUAUGUGCCAAAGCACGAGAUCCUGCCCAAGGAUCAGACACAGGGGAUUCUGGCAAAGUUUAACUGCCAGCCGACGGAGCUUCCGCUGAUACUGGUAAGCGAUCCCGCAAUUAUCGGCUUGGACGUCAAGCCGGGAGACCUGAUAAAGAUCACAAGAAAGAGCAGCACCGCUGGCACCAGCAUCUACUACCGAUAUGUAGUAGAGGAUUAG